AUGGCCACCAAGUGGUUCAGCGGAGCGCCCUUCGGGGUGCAGAGCCACAGGUUUGACGUCUCCGCCAUUUAUCCCAACCAGAAGAAGCUCAGCACCUUCACGGAAGCCCCGUACUCCAGGCAGCAUUCCGUGGACGUGUCCCACAUAGGACCUGGGACCUAUGGCAGCAAGGAGACCUGCUUCAGCAAGAAGAAGCUAAAGAAGGAGGUGGGCACAGGCUGGGCAAAGGCCCAGGAAGCCACCCGGCUCACCCAGCUGCCCCACUUCCAGUACCAGGCCAUCCUGAGGGAGAAGAAGCUGCAGAAGGAAAAGCUGGGGCCUGGCUCCUACAACUUCAAAGACUUCUUGGAACAGCUGCAGCAGAAACCGUGCAGCACGCGGGGGCUGCUCAGCUCCGGGGAGGUUCGCUUCCGAGGACUCAUUGGGAACUACUAUCCAGGCCCUGGAAAUUAUGGGGAGAAGGGCAACCCAUACACGAAGCUGGAGGAGAGCUCCUGGAACCGGUCUCAUUCAGAGGGCCUCAUGUGCAGGAUGACCAACAAGCCACCCCCCUUGGCCCAUCAGGGGAGUGGUUUGGCACCGGGCACCUACACCAUCAAAAGUGGCAUCGAAACGUACUUGGCGCAAUCCAUGGGUACCCGCGGCCCCUAUGACACUUUCUCUGGCGACCGAAGCAAGCCCCAGCCUUACGGACAUUACUCUGUGCAGGGAAAAACCUGCAGGGAACUGAUGAAUUUCAAGAGUUUUGUGGAAGAACUUAACUCACGUCACAAUCAGAAGCGUGGGGUUUUUUCGAAAGUUCCCCGCAACCCAAAAACCCCUCCAGAGAGGAUUUACUGGACCACCCUUAGCCAGUGCCCCCGAAAACUAGCCACGUCUGGUCCCGGGAUGUGGCUUCCUCCAGAGAAGGAGUGCAGACAGGUCAACCAGCCACCGUUCCUGCUGUCCUCCAAGAGGAUGGGCAUGAAGGCCUACCAGAUGCUUGUGGGAAGCUGGAACCCGGUAGGUGUGGGCCGCUACCUCAACCCCUGGCUGAUGGAGACAAAGGACCGACGGCAGCGCUAUCGGUCCCUGUACCUGAGUGGGUCCAAGCGCUAUCCCUCCAACCCGGCCUGGGACAGGCUCUUGCAGGAAAGGAUCACGCCUUUUACUAAGGGAAAGUGCCCUCCAACUGUGGAUUACAAUUCAGAUCCUACUCCUUAAAGCCACACGUGAAGGACAGCAUGCCGUGACCGGGGGGCCCAGAGGCCUGAAGACAAAUCUGGGGAUGGGAGGGUAGGAGUGGGAAUGGGGGAUCUUGGAGAAAGGACACAUGGGAAGGCCUGGAAGAUGUAGUGGGAUCACUUUUGCUGGAGCCGUCUGCCUGGGGGUCAUGAUGUCUGCUGUGACAGCUGGGACCAGAUGUAUUUUGACAUGAGAGAUCAAUCAUCCUGAGAAUUCAAAUCGGCCAAUGACGUGAACAUGGGAGUCAGACAGCAGAUGCACUAAAGGAGUGGACUGUGGUUGACACUCCUGGAACCCUUCUAUUCUAAAGCCAAAGUGCUUGACUCUCUUUUCAUUAAAAUCCAAAGAGGGGCAGGAGAGUGUAGCAUAUGUCAUUAGCAGCUGCAGGCCCCCUCCAGGAGUACUCCAUCUCUGUCCCGGAUGCUAUGAGGAGGCUGCUGACCUCCAGGCAGUGUGUGGCCAUAGGGAACAAUCAACUCCACGCCCAGGUCAGCCUCAUGGGCAUGCGGUCUAGCCCAGAGGGGGUCUGUGGGGGGUGGUCACCUGAUCCUGAGCUCCUUCCGUCACUGUUUUUGUCAGUGAGACAUUGGGUGGGUUGGCAGGAGUCUGUUGUCUCUAGAGAAAAGGACACUGGCACCCCACAGCCUCAGUCACAAAACUCACAUAAUGAUAAAAAAUACUUCAAAUGCUCUUCAGAGCAUGAGUGCCUUACAGAAAGCCAUUACUUUCUCACUCACAUCGAAAUGACGGCUUUGGGAUAAAUAGGACUGUCUUUAUCCACAGACGGCAUCCAUGUACAAAAAAUCUUACUGAAGCCUCAGAAAAGCUGAUGACCCAAACUAGAUGCAAACUAGAUCUAAUAAGUCAGUUUAGCAAGGUCUCAGGAAAUAAGAUCAAUAUAUCAACAUCAACUCUUUCUGUAUACUAGCAAUAAACAAUCAAAAAUUGAAAAUUUAAAAUGCGUUUUAUAAUAGAAUCAAAAACUGAUUCAUCAGCUUUUCUGGGGAUUCAGUAAGAUUUUUUUGUACAUAGUGUUAAAAUUGGUGAAAUUCAAGUAAAGUCUGUGUUUUAGUCAAUAUUAUUAUGCCCAUGUUAAUUUCUUGGUUUUGAUUUCAGUGUGGCUGUGUAGAUGUUAAUGUUGGAGGAAGCUGGGGGUGGGGGGUAGGGAA